GAAAAAUAUAAUAUCAAUGGGGAAAAAUAAACUGGUCUUAUUAAAAUCAUCUCUGUUGCCUAACAACAGAGGGAAAUUUAUAAAAUUUCUCUUGGGAGGGGGAUUAUUAGACGAAAUUUUUUAUACACACCGCAGAGUUUAUUUUCAACUGUUUGAAAUGUUAAACUGGUUCCGAAAACGAUUACAUAAAAAAUUGUGUAUUUAUAUUUUCUGCUUAUUAUUACCUUUCAUCUUAUUGCCUUUAGCAUUAUCUCCGCAAAAAGAAACAAAAUGUUCCUAUGUUUUAAUUUUGGUUGCCGCUUAUUGGUUCUUGGAGCCAGUAUCGAUUGCCGUACCUGCACUUAUGCCCGUAUUUCUCUAUCCCUUGCUGGGUAUAGUUAGCUCUACAGAUAUUUGCUUGAAUUACAUGAAAGAAACUGUGAUGUUACUGUUGGGAGGUUUUAUUAUGGCCGCCGCUGUGGAAGAAUGCAAGUUACAUGAGAGAAUAGCCCUAAAGAUUUUACUCACAAUCGGAACUGAAAUAAAGUGGUUAAUGUUAGGAUUCAUGAUUUCAACGAUGUUCGUCUCGAUGUGGAUAAGCAUAACGGCCACGUGUGCUUUGAUGUCUCCGAUUGCUGAAGCUGUGUUAAAAAGGAUAAACACACCAAUUAAACGAAAUAAACUACUCAGCCGGGAACUUACAAAGAAAGGAUCAGACACAUCUUUAACUGAAAGUGUAAUAGACGACCACGAAAAUGUAGACUUCAAACAUCUUGAAAGCCACACCAUCAGAGUCACUCUUUUCCUAGGUAUUUGUUAUGCAGCUAAUUUAGGUGGUACCGGUACAAUUAUAGGGACAGCCACAAAUAUGGUGUUUAAAGGAAUGCUUGAAGAACUUUAUCCUGAAUGUGAAGAAAUUACUUUCCAAACUUGGAUGUUUUACAAUAUUCCAGGAAUGAUUAUAUGCGUUCUUAUGGGUUGGAUAUAUCUAUGGAUGAUUUAUAUACGAUGUUUGAAACAUAAACCCUCUAAGGAAGAUUUGCACGAGAUCAUAUCAAGAAAGUAUGCAGAACUGGGAGCUGUUACGUACCACGAAGCUGAGGUUGUGAUCUUAUUCUCCGUUUUAAUUUUACUAUGGCUGUUCCGAGAGUCAAACUUACUGACAGGAUGGAUACAUCUGAUUGGAUCUGAUAAAACAAUUGGAGAUGCCGUACCAGCUAUUGCCAUUUCCUUCCUGGCUUUUAUUCUACCAUCCGAUAUUAGAGAUUUGAAUAGUCGACCCAUAUUAGAAUGGAAAAAGAUUCAACCCAAGUUACCUUGGAACGUUCUUCUGAUUGUUGGAGGUGGAUUCGCGUUGGGUGACGGUGCGCAGAAAUCUGGCUUGUCGAAGCUGAUUGGUGAAUACCUUGGAAGGAUGCGAAUGUUUCCUCCAUCAGUUGUUGUGGCAAUUAUGGUAUUCAUAGCAUCAUUGGUUACAGAGAUCAUGACCAACGUUGUUACGGCAACCGUUUUACUACCUUCUUUCAGUCAAAUGGCAGUAGGUAUGGGAGUGAAUCCCCUGCUUGUCAUGUUGCCGAUUACAGUGGCUUGUUCUUAUGCCUUCAUGUUACCAGUCGGUGGUCCUGGGAAUGCAAUAUCUUUCGAAAAUGGUCAUAUGAAGACGCAGGAUAUG